CAGUAGCAGAAGAAGCGCUGCUGUAAACGGAGGGAGAUUCAGCGCGUUGUUUAGGUGGUGAGAUUCAAUUCUCACUCUCAUUUUAUUCUUUACAGUAAAUGCACAAAAGUUGUUAUUGAACUUUACAGCAGUUUAUCAGGAAGUUAACGCGAAACUCAAGAGCACUUUGUGUCCUGUGGAGGAUUUAUAAACCGCGGCUGAGGUGACCGAGGUCGCUUUGUCCCCGUCUCUGGCAGUUUCUGUACACCUUUCAGAAAAUUCCACAUCGCAACUUCGCUUUGACAGAUGUAGAUGUAAACAACAACAAAAACACGUGUUUAAACGGGCGAUAAUGUGGCCACAUCUAUUGAAUUUGAUAACGUGAUAUGGCAGCAGGGGCGUGGCCAAGUGGCGGUCUGUGAAUGGAGGGCGGAGUCAGGGAAGUAAAAUUCAAGCUCCAGGUGUUUUCUCCAAGAUGAGCGAUCUGGAGGAUGACACCAUCAUCUUCUCCACACUGAAAUCUUUUAAGAGUCUAAUCUCUCGUCCUGACUGCUCUCUCCCGGAGCCUGAGUCCGCUUACGGCAGGAGUGACCUUCAGAAACUCUACAUGCAGAGAGUCGAGAUGGAGGAAGCAGCUGAACGAAUCCACUCCAAGACGAGCCUGCUGCAGCUGACUCAGGAGAAACAGCAGAUGGAGCUGAGCCACAAACGAGCACGGAUCGAGCUGGAGAAAGAGGCUCACAACAGCUCCAGGGAUUUACAGAGACAAGUUGACCAGAACCAGGACCUGCUGAUGAAGAUCAGGCGUCUGGAGGAAAAAGAGGAGAAAACCCUCCAAGCACUGAGUGAACAGCUGGAAAAUAACAAAUCCCUAAAGCGAAACAUCGAGGAACUCCAGAAACAAGCACGCGACAAGGACGGAAAACUCUCCGAGACCAAUCAGAUGAUGAAUGAACUCCGGGACGAAAUCCGGACACUGAACCAGAAGCUACAGAUCCAGGAGUCGAAGUUCUCCACCCAGAGUUUGGAGAAGCAGGCUUUAGAGGAACAGCUUGAGAUGCAGCAGAAAAAGUACCAGGAGGUGAAUCAGAAGUACCAGAAUCUGCAGAUGUCCCAUGUCUCCAACACUGAGAGUGAAAUCAAGAUUAAGGAACUGAAGAGGCGUUUGGAGCUCCAGGAGCAGGACUCGAUCAUCGUGAAGAACAUGAAGACCGAGGUGACCAGGCUUCCUGAACUGAAGAGAGAAAUUAAACAUUUGCAGGAGGAAAACGCCUACCUCAGAGAGAUGCAGGAGAACAGCAGUCUACUGAAAGAGGAGACAGAUGGUUUGAGGAGGAAGCUGGAGAGAAUGGAGAAGGUUCUAGAAGAGAAACUGAAGCUGGAACUGGAGAAAGAGAAGUUAACUGAGAAUCUGCAGGCUUGGGAGAACAUCGGCCAGACCACCAGCCUCAACAUCAGGAAGCCAGAGGAUUUGUCCAGGGAAGUGAUGCAGAUCCAGCAGAGAGAGCUGAGUCUCAAACAGCACAACUGCACUCUGAGCAGCAACGUUCGCAAGUUGGAGAAGACUCUCGUGCAGCUGCAGUCCGAGACGGCCGAGUUUCGUGCCAAAGCCCUGGAGGAGCAGAAGAAGCGGGAAAAUCAGGAUGCACUGGUCCGCCGCCUACAGAAGAGAGUUCUGCUCUUGACCAAGGAGCGUGAUGGUAUGAGGGCGAUCCUGGAGUCGUAUGACAGUGAACUAGCAGCUAGCGAGUACUCCCCUCAGCUCUCACGCAGAGUUAAAGAAGCUGAGGAGAUGCUGCAUAAAGUCCAGAGUCACAACUCUGAGAUGGAGAUUCAGCUUUGUAAAGCCCAGGAGGAGGCUGGAACCUUCAAACUUCAAGCUCAACAGGUUGCUGAGGAACUGAAGGCUCUGAAAGAACAGAAGUCUUCUGUUUCUGAGGCGAGUCCCAUAGCAACAGAGGAGGAGAUUAAAUUCUUAAGGCAGAAGAUUGAGGAGCUGGAGUCGGAACGGCAGAAGCUGGAAGAGCAGAACCAUGUUCUGAAGAUGAGAUUAGAACGGCACAACCUGCAGGGAGAUUACGAUCCGGUGAAGACAAAGGUGUUGCACUUCCGUCUGAACCCCACCAGCGUGGCGAAGCAGGAGCGUGCUGAAGAGGUGGAGCAGCUGAAAGUGGAGUGUGAGCGUCUGCGAGAGCGCCUUCGCAAGAUGGAAGCCGGAGGAGCCAUCACGUCCGACGACACCACACUCAUCAUCCCGCCUUCGCAGGAAAUAUUGGAUUUGCGUAAACAGCUGGAGAGCGCGAAGCUGAAGAACCAGAGGCUGAAGGAGGUGUUCCAGAAGAAGAUCCAGGAGUUCCGGACCGCGUGCUAUGUUCUGACCGGGUACCAGAUUGACAUGACUGUGGAAAACCAGUAUCGCCUCACUUCAGUGUACGCUGAGCGCAUGGAGGACUCGCUGCUCUUCAAGGCCAGUGGAGCAGUCGGAAGUGGAAGCAUGCAGCUCCUGGAAACGGAUUUCUCUCGUACGUUGACUGAGUUGGUGGAUCUUCAUCUCUUCCAUCAGAAGAGCAUUCCGGUGUUCCUCAGCGCCGUCACACUCGACCUGUUCAGCCGGCAGACUGUUGUUUAAGCGGCGCGUCAGAAUUCUUAAAGCGUGCAAAUUUUCUACUGAGAGCUAAAUCUGCGUCAGUCAGUACAUACUUCUCCUGAGGUGAUUUGGCACAGAGAUGGACCAAUUAAUAAUUCUGUCCCCCCCCCCGGCCAGGGCUAAACUUUUAAUGUCCUUUCCAGUCCCAUAUUUAUGACCCAGAAAAAUAAUCAAGGUUGAAAAAAAAAAAAGGCACAUAAUGUAAUAAAGUACGCUGAGCUAGUUCACUAGUUAAAUACGUUAAUACAAACAAAGAUAAGGCGUCUGUGUGAGUUCUGACUGCUUUACCCUUCAUUCAGAUCCUGAAGAUGUUGUAUGUCAUCCUUGUCCUUGUGGUUUGACUUAUCCACCCCAUGUUUCAGGAAGCCAUGAUGAAUAUGAAAGUGUUUUUAUUUACGCUCAUGUUGCUCAAAUAAAGAAUAAUUAAAACUUC